AUGGUUUACUUCAAGGCUUCUCUCCUGGCCCUGCUGGCCCUUCCCAUCUUUGGUGCUCUCGCUGCCGAGGAGAAGGACGCUCCAGUUGAUACCGAUGUUACCGCCCCGACCCUGAAGGCCGACAUCGCGGCCACCUUCCCCGAGGCCGACAUUUUCGGCGUCAAGCUGGUUAACGGUCGCCCCACCAAGGCUAUCGUCGAGUUCACAAACCACGAGGAUGCGCCCAUUCAGGUCGCAAUGGUCGGUGGACUGCUGUCCAGCACACAAGAGCUUGCCGAGGAGGCCAACCCCAGCGACUCUAUCCUCCGCAACUUGACCGCUGCUCGCUACGACCUGACCGUCGAGGCUGGCGACAAGAAGGCCGUACCCUACUCCUUCGCACUCGACAUGCAGCCCCAGGAUGUCCUCCUUCAGCUCGUGGCUGUUGUCACCAACUCCAAGGGUGAUGUCUUCCAGGUCCAGGCAUACAACUCUACUGCCGCCGUCGUCGAGCCCCCCACGAGCAUCUUUGACCCCCAGAUCAUCUUUCUCUACCUCUUCCUUACUGGUGCCUUCGCUGGUACUCUCUACUUCGUCUACAAGACAUGGAUCGAGGCUCUGUUCCCCCAGGCCAAGAAAGCCAAGACCUCUAAGAAGGCUCGCCAGGUCAACGUGACUGUUCCCUUGGCCGACGCCGACACCGCUGCUGUUGCCUCCUCCACCGGCAAGAGCUUCGAUGAGAGCUGGAUUCCUGAGCAUCACCUCAACCGCCCUGUUGCCAAGCGUGUCAAGAGUGGUGCUAGCGGCAAGCUCAAGACCAAGGUUGCUGAGUAG